AUGAGAACGUUAUUGCUUUGCAAUGUUCAAUUUGGUUUAUUUAAUGGUACCUUGAGCCAAGAAUGGUGCCAAUGGAGUGAUUGUUCAACGAGUUGUGGUACUGGAUUUAAAAGGCGAUUACGUAUAUAAUCAAAAAAAUUAGCAGUCUGGAAUAAAAAAUGCACUUGUGGUUGUAAAAUUAUCGAACAGAUUGGUUCAUUUUUGGCUAAAACUUGCGGAAAUCAAACUGAAUGGAUUCUCAAGCCAAAAGGGAACAAUUUGAGGCUUCAAAUAAAAAGUUUUCCAAAAGAAAUUCCCAGUGUUCUUAGGAAACUCGUAUUUAAAAGUACGACAAGUGAACGUUUACAAAGGAUUCUUCUGACUGCAACACAACCAGUUAUAAUAUCGCUAAUGGCGACUGAAAAUAACCAAAACGAUAUGAAUGUAGAAAUAUUCUAUGAAUGGUUUGCGGACGCUCAAAUUGAUAAAAUUUCCAAUUUAUCAUCGCUGAAUCAGCAAAGUUGCAAUUUUCUAUGUCACUUAGAUUAUUUAACUAUUAUUAUUGUUUUUCUUAUUCCCAUAUUUAUCGGAUUACCGCCUUUUGUUUGUGCGAUGGUUAUCAAGAAAACUAUGGUAAAAAAACGGCGGAAGAAUGAACUGUUGAAUUCAAAGCCAAGGAAUGAAUGCCAUUCCUCAGAUACUUUAGAAGGCAAUAAAUAUUCCUCAUCGAACGAAACCAAUGAUGAACCUUUAAUCGGUUUGAAUGAAAUGCGAAAAAUGAUGACAGUUGAUUCGACAUCAACUAAAGCUAUUGCGAAUGAAAAAUUUCAAAAAAUUUUACCAAAUCUAACAAGCGGUCGAUCAUCCUUUUCAUUUCAAACAGAUCAUGAUCUUGAAUAUGAUUAUUAUGAACCGACGAUCGUUGGCUCAUUCUUUAAUCAAACCAGCUUUUAUUCGAUUAUGAAUUUUCAACAAACGAUAGAAAAUUUGAAAUAA